AUGGCCAGCAUAUUCUUGUAUCAGAGCUCUGAGGUCGAUUGGUGUGAAAGCAACUUCCAGCACUCAAGUCUGGUGGCUGAGCUCUACAAUACGGUCAGCAAUGUCCCCUUCUUCAUCAUUGGGCCUCUCAUGAUAUACCUCAUGCAUCCUUAUGCCCAGAAACGCUCCCUCAUCGUGCACCUGCCUUGGGUCCUCUACAUUUUAGUAGGCCUGUUCUCUGUGUACUUCCACAUGACGCUGAGCUUCUUGGGACAGAUGCUGGAUGAGCUGGCCAUCCUCUGGCUACUGACGACAUGCUAUUGUAUCUGGUUUCCUUCCUGCUACUUUCCCGCUUUCUUGAAGAAGGACAGGUCCCAAUUCAUUUGCCUGGUCUUGCUCAUCUCAAUCACAAUCACCUUCCUGGCCUUCGUAAAGCCAAUUGUCAACGCCUAUGUGCUCAACUCUACUGCGCUGCACAUUUGCUACUUUGUGAGGAUGGAGUACAAAAAGAAAAACGCCCAAGUGAAUCAUAUGAUUGUGAUGUCUGUGACCUGGUGGUCAUUGGCUCUGUCCAUCUGGAUAUGUGACCGGGUAUUCUGUACCUUCUGGCAACAGAUCAAUUUCGCCUAUUUGCACAGCUUCUGGCACAUCUUUAUCAGCCUGGUGUUCCCAUAUGUAGCGGCUGUCUUAGUUCUUUUGGAUGGCCAGUAUGAGAUGCAGGAUAACUCUCUGGAAAUCCACUACUGGCCUCGGGAUGAGUGGCUUGUGGGGCUGCCCUAUGUGACCUUAAAGGACAAGAAGGUCAACAGUGGGGGCAAGAACUGCUGAUGGCUCCAGGGCUUGGAAUAGCAGGUCUGUGGGGCCAAUGGGACCAGAAAGAAAAACCAGUCCUGGGAUGAGUCACCUACUGACCAGCUAUUCUUGCAAUGAGGACUUUGAAAAGACCAGUGCCAGCCCAGUCAUGGGAGCAUGCAUAGGCAAUCUUCAUGGAAGUUUGAUGAGCUGAUAUCCAGGCAUGUGUAAUGGAGGGCUCUGCUCCACUCCAA